ACGUAAACCGUGGCACAGAGUCAGAUAAAUAUCCGCGGGCAGACCAGCCCCUUAAAUCGGGCUGCCCCACGGCCAAGCGCAUUAUGUCGAGGGCUGGUAUUUGAGGCGUUGCUGUCAGUGAACGGCCGAGGUUACAGAUAAAUCUACCGGUGAUUACGAUAAACUACUGGCGGGUUAGUGGCCAGAAUUCAUGCCUGAGCUCAUGGCCAAAUGGAGAGGAUAAAUAAAUGGCCUUGUCUGACGCCUUGUUGGAGUUCGAAGACGUCUAAGCUCUGUGGACCGCUCCCAGAUACAGUGGAGACCCUUUGACGAGUGGCCGCUGUGCAUAAAGAUAGCAGAUUUCUUAUGAAUGGAAGGCACCGCGCCUUUACCUGCCACCGUCCUGCGCCUGUUGAGAUCGGAACUUUAUUUCUUGCUUCAGCCAGCCAAGCCGGCCCGCAUAGUUCCAUCGACGUUGUGCAAGCGGCUGAGUAUCCCUCAAACCGCGAGAGUUGCAGCAUAAAUACAGGACCCGCAUCCAUUCAAAACAGGAGAGUGCUCGCGUAUGCAGACACAAACAUCUCCAUACGAUUUCGUCGAUAAUUGGCUUCCUGAAUCAUAAAGUCAUUUCGACGGAACAGGCCUUGCGGGGGGAAACGCAGCAAAAAUAGAACCCCCCAAAAAGUCUGGAAAAGAGGAGGCAAAUGCUGCAAGGAUUUUUUACCCCCUCAAAGGAUACGGGAAAGCUCGAAGGAUAGAGCAAGUGAAUUACAAUGGAGCAUACGACGUACACAUGCUCUGUGGGUCAUUGAGUCCUUAAAACGUAAAAUUUAUCAGAACUGGAAGGGAAUAAUUAUUGCCCUACAUGUCACGCCAAAAAAAGUGUUGGAAAGCAAUGCAAACAAUGCCAAGAGAACGCGGCGGUCAUGGCACAGCGUCGAGGUGAGCUAAGCCUUCCAAUAUUAUUUAUGGUCGUCAGAUCGCAAAUCGACUAAAUCGAGCGCUGAGCGCUUGAAGCCUUAUCCAAGUACUCCAGCUUCGACGUGCAUUAUCGUGACGUCGAUUGUCGCCCUUUGGUAAUCAGCACAGGAAGCCCUUGUGGAGUGGAGGCAAUAUACAAGGAAUUUAUGUAACUUAAGGGGGGCCGGGGGCCUGCUUGGGACUUGAUCACAGCCAAUAAUCAAACAGGAGGCGAACAAUAGAUUACAGGUGUUCAAUACAGGACUCGCGCUCUCACAUCUCUCUACGCCUCCAAGUCCGGACACAAUCGAAUAUUUUAACGGCCUCAAGCUAGGUGUAAGACACUCGGUUUUAUAUGGUUCGUGAGUCUGCUUUUCUAAACAUCUUCUCGUUUGGGAAGAUCUUUGUGUGUAGAUGAUACUUUUUAAGACGAAGUUACACCUGUGAAUUCGAUCAGCCUAUUUGAAAACGGUUUCUUAACACCUUUUCUGUCGUGUGCUGACCUGGGGAAUGAAAGUAGUAUUUAUAACGCAGGAAAUAUAUUUGGCACUAUUGUGAAAUACAACCAUAUUCAUCCAAUCAGCCACUCCUUGCAGGAAACGAAAUUCUCAAUGUAGUUAGAUACGUCAUUGUGAAUCCGAAGAAGUGAUAGAUUUUGUAGACUGCGUGAAAUCUAAGGUAAAGACACUGGUAUUAUAUCCAAUCACAGAGUUACCUUCAUACCGGUCUUUGUUUCCGAAGGAUUGUGAUCAACGAAGCGACUGACACAUGUGACAUGUGUAUGAAUAAAGACAAGUUCGGACAUGUGAGUGAACAAAAAAAAACCUGUGUAGAUAGACAUUUCUAACCUCGGUCUCCCGAUCUGCUGCCAUUAUGCCAAGUCAAGAAGCUCCCAGCUACAGCUCAGCCAGGGUACAGCGGGCCACCCGCAUCAACAACAUUGAAGCCGCGAGGUUACAGCAAAGACUACAGUACAUUGAGAAAGCCAAACUACACCAGUGCCGACUGGCUAACCAAGACAUGCGUCUGAUCUCCCUGUCCAUUGACUACAUCCAGGCCUCCAGUGGUCACAGCCCCGAAGCUUGGAGACCAGAAACUCAAAAAGGCAGCGAGGAAAUAGUAGACGAGGCAGACCAAGGUCCACUCUUCAUGUACGGAGAGCGCAUCGUUAGUCGCAAGAAACGCCGAAUGCCUCGCCCAAUGUCGGCUGUGGAACGAUCAUCCAGCAUGUUCAUGGACCACAGCUCGAUCGCGGACGAAUCUGUUACGUCAGACCGCCCAAAAAGUAGUCCAGGCAAGCCAAGGCCAACUACCUCUAUGGGGUUUCUCCGGGUCAACGCCAGUUUUGACAGCGAUACUGAGGCAGGCUCCUCCGAACACGACGGGCCAACCUCCAGCCGCCCAUCAACUUCAGCUAGUCGGGUCACUCCACGCCAGGACUGGGGAGAAGAUACUUCUGAAAUGACGAAAAAGAUUCUGAGAGCUCAGGAAAGGUCUCAGUCGGGGAAAAGGUCGGUGUAUCAAUCCGCCGAGGAAGUGAUGAGUGCCCAGGCUUCAAGGCAUCUGAGGGGACUAGCGCGAAAAACCCGCAUAUCUUCCGCCGUCUCCACUUCGUCCCGCCCCACCUCUUCCAUUUCAAGACAUUCUGUAGAGAAUCAAGACUUCGCUCCGAAAAGACCACCUGACAUGGUGGAAGGGUUAGGGAGAAGAGCAACGUUUGGGGAGAUUCUCAACCAGAGACGUCCUACAAUGAACGCAGGGGCGUGGCGUUCCCACCUCAGUCAGACUUCCGCCACGCCUAUGUCUACACAGGCCCAUAGCCAAAUGUUGAUGAGUGCUAAGAAAAUGAUCAACGACUCGAGGCUUGAAAGAGUGAACGAAAGAGUCCAAAGUUUUAUAUCCGGUGACCGUAAUCCACCUCGGAGAGCUCAGUCUGCUAGAAGGUGAAUGAAGCAGUGGGGAAGGUUGAGGGGUUGUUGGGGGGGGGGGGUUGACAAAUGCCACUUUAAAGUCUGUCUUUUCUACAUUUACUGUCUCGUUUCUGUCUGUAUUGCUUUCCCCUCGCGGAUUUAAACGUAUACGAUAAUGUCUCAGUAUCUCAGCACUUAUCUUUGCUCACAAAAAUUUAACCGAAGGUGUACUUAUCUUGUAGUUUUCGUAAACUACUGGUGAUUAUUUUUUUAGAGGGAAUUUGGAAGGAGGGG